GUCACCAGAUAUGCUUGUCACACAACACGUGCAUCAGCCACCGUGGUCUUUCUUGGCGCUUGUGUUUACAUGAUUGUUUACAGAAGUAGACCUACACAUCUAAGACAUUUACAGAAUAACACGAACAGAUCUUUUGUAAAUGGGGGGUCUACAGAAAAAGAAGGUAAGGAUGUCACUGUUUGUCGGAUUAAUUAUCCAACAAUUUAGUUAGCUACGUACUGCUAAAGUUAGCAAGCUCAGGCUGUUUCUCUAAGCACAUAAUUAUGAGUUUAGGCCGAAAAGGUUUAGCUAGCUAGCCAUUACUAGCUAGUCAGCUAUAACAUAUCAUCUAUCUAACGUUAAUAAUCUAGCUAAUUGUGUAAUCGCUAGCUAGUGUGAUACACUUCUAUGUACCUAGCUACUCAACUAUUGUAUUUCCAUGUCUGUCUAGUCUUGGAAUCUUGUGCUGUUGAUGCAUAUUGUGUUUUCAUCCCUGCUAGCUAGCUAGGUAACGUUAGCCUAGCUGCUACAUCUUCACCUGCCUGGUGCAUAAAAUUGGCAGUAGAGAGAGUACUAAAUACUGAUAAUUGUUUUGCAGAACAUUGUCAGCAUCAAGCUUUUUACUCUUAAGUCUAGUUACACGUUUUCUAGUAAUAAGAAUGGCAUACACUAACUAAAAAAUAGGUUUCUCCAAUACCUCACACAUUUGUCUGACUUUCUUCAAGUCUUGUGAGUAACUGUAAACCCAUGUGUCUUGUGUUAGUAUGAGAGGGGCUCUGCCACCAACUACAUCACAAGGAACAAAGCCCGCAAGAAGCUGCAGCUGAGCCUGGCAGAUUUCAGGUACUUAGUACUACAGACCCACCGCAACCUGGGUCGUAUUUAUUAUUGAUCGUAUUAGUGUUGUUGUUGGUCGUAUUUAUUGUUGUUGUCCCUCCCUGUUUCAGUCCGUUUUCUUCCCUUUGGUGCCUAGUGAAUACGGCCCUGUACUCUGGCUGUGGAUAUAAUCACAUGCUUGCCUUUGGUAUCAGUUUCUGCAAUGCCAAAUUGACAGUCUCUGCAUGUUCAUCCACUGUUCCACACAGACGCCUGUGCAUUCUGAAAGGCAUCUACCCUCAUGAACCCAAGCACAAGAAGAAGGUGAACAAGGGUUCCACGGCCCCCCGUACAUUCUACCUGCUCAAAGACAUCCGGUUCCUCCUGCACGAGCCCAUCGUUAGAAAAUUUAGAGAGUACAAGGUAAUGUUUUAUACUAUUGUUUUGACUACGAGAUACAGAUAUUGUUACAUUUUGUGUGUUUUUACUGUUAUUUACAUUUUCCAGUCAACCAUUUUCAAAUCAAGGUGAAAAUCUAGUAAUGCUGGCUUUUCUUGUUCUGUCUUUGGUAGGUGUUUGUGCGUAAACUGAGGAAGGCCUAUGGAAAGGCAGAAUGGACCGGGGUGGAGAGACUGAGAGAUAACAAGCCUGGCUAUAAACUGGACCACAUCAUCAAGGAGAGGUGAGGUCUCAAUCCACUGCAGCGCCAAUUGCAAACAGCAGACGGCAGUGUUGAGCAUAUAAUUACUUAUAGAAAAUAAUAAUGUAAUAGGAUCUCUGUGGUGUUGGGCCCUGUUUAUUGCUCAUGUCAGCAUAACAUUGGUAAAGGAUGUCCUACAUGUGUGUUUAUCUGAGGAUUGUGUUUGACUCUAUUUGUGUGCCAGGUACCCCACAUUCAUCGAUGCCCUCCGUGACAUCGACGACGCCCUCUCCAUGUGCUUCCUGUUCUCCACCUUUGCCCGCACGGGAAAGUGCCACGUCCAGACCAUCACGCUAUGCCGACGCCUCACUGUAGAGUGGAUGAACUACAUAGUCACAUCUCGCUCUCUCCGGAAGGUAGGAAGGAUGAGUGCAGACGUGUCCUCACUAACAUAAAGAGUUGGUCCACAAUGAAAAUCUCCAGGUUGUGGAUAGACAAAGUGCAGGCAUUAUUUAUUAAGUAAUGAUACGGACUGUUACAGGUACAAUAGCCUCUGAAAUGGAUUUGUCAUUACAAUUUUAUAUACACGUAUACUUAGCAGUGUCAGAAGCCUAUAAUUUUAAGUGUUGUGAAAGUGAUUUUCUUUUUUGGUGGUUACUAGUCCACAUUGGAUAUGUCAGAAUGAGAUGCAUGCUAUUUGGCAAGAGAAUAACUGAUAGUUAAUAUGCUAAAUGGCAUAUUAUAUUAUCUAGUUGCAGCACACUUGACGUUGUUCUGCUUUCCCUGGCAGGUUUUCAUCUCCAUCAAGGGGAUUUACUAUCAGGCAGAGGUUCUUGGACAGCUCAUCACCUGGAUCGUGCCCUACCAGUUUGCCCAUGAUGUAAGUGCUGAGUGACAUCACAGCAGCUCAAAGAGCCAUUUCAAAUGUAUUCAGUCACUGUGUUGAAGGCCCAAUUUAGUAUUUUUUUUAUUUAACCAUUAUUGUAUCAGGUAGACCAAUGUAUUUUUUAUAGAUGAGGCCUGAAUUACAAAUUACAGAAAAUACACACAUCAAUAUAAAUACAAAAUGCAAGCAGAAAGAACAACAUGGUCAUAAAAAACAAACACAUUAAUCAGUAAUAAGGUCCUCAAUCAGCCUUAUGAAUUGCCCUAGAGGCACCAGAACAUCAAAUUUAUGAUCAUUUUGAAGAUUGUUCCACAAAUAAGGUGCAAGAAAACAACUAAAAGCUGAUUUACCUAACUCAGUAGAGACCAAAGGACUUUCCAGAGUUAACCAUCCGUGAGACUGGGUGUGGUAACUCGUAUGUCUAAAGUUUAGUAAAGAUGUUAGGUAUAGUGGGACUUUUUGUAAAAGGGCUUUAUAAAUGAAAACAUAGCAAUGUGUCAACCUACGUGACAUCACCAUGCUUCACCAAAGGGAUGGUGCCAGGUUUCCUCCAGACGUAACGCUUGGCAUUCAGGCCAAAGAGUUCAAUCUUGGUUUCAUUAGACGAGAUAAUCUUGUUUCUCAUGGUCUGAGAGUCCUUUAGGUGCCUUUUGGCAAACUCCAAGCGGGCUGUCAUGUGCCUUUUACUGAGGAGUGGCUUCCGUCUGGCAUAAAGGCCUGAUUGGUGGAGUACUGCAGAGAUGAUUGUCCUUCUGGAAGGUUCUCCCAUCUCCACAGAGGAACUCUGGAGCUCUGUCAGUGACCAUCAGGUUCUUGGUCACCUCCCUGACCAAGGCCCUUCUCCCCCGAUUGCUCCGUUUGGCCGGGCGGCCAGCUUAGGAAGGGUCUAGGUGGUUCCAAACUUCUUCCGUUUAAGAAUGAUGGAGGCCACUGUGUUCUUGGGGACCUUCAAUGCUGCAGACAUAUUUUGGUACCCAACCCCAGAUCUGUGCCUCGACACAAUCCUGUCUCUGAACUCUAUUGACAAUUCCUUCGACCUCAUGGCUUGGUUUUUGCUCCGACAUGCACUGUCAACUGUGGGACCUUAUAUAGACAGGUUUGUGCCUUUCCAAAUCAUGUCCAAUGAAUUGAAUUUACCACAGGUGGACUCCAAUCAAGUUGUAGAAACAUAUGAAGGAUGAUCAAUGGAAACAGGAUGCACUUGAGCUCUAUUUUGAGGCCCAUAGCAAAGGGUCUGAAUACUUAUGUAAAUGAGGUAUUUUUAUUUAUUUUAUAAAUUAACAAAACAUUCAAAUCCUGUUUUCGCUUUGUCAUUAUGGGGUAUUGUGUGUAGAUUUAUGAGGAUUUUUAUUUAUAUAAUCCAUUUUAGAAUAAGGCUGUAACAUUACAAAAUGUGGAAAAAGUCAAGGGGUCUGAAUACUUUCCGAAUGCACUGUAUAUUUGCCAAAUCUCUUUCUUGGGGCCUGGAGAUUUAAGUUUCAAUUGAUUAGAGAGCUUGACUUAAGGUUAAUGAUGGACUGUUUGCAGAAGAUAGUGAUGAGGUUCUUUUGAAAGACAACCAGGCUCACAUUUCAGGGAAAGUCAGGUUUGUGACAACUUUGUAAAUGGUUGAUAGGACAUUGUUAUAAACAGCCCUUUAGUGGUGAAAUGCUUAAGUGCUCUUAGAACUAAUACUGCCAUUUGCUCUUUAUUAAGGCAAGUUAACCCAUAAGAGUCUAAGCCCUGUCUAAGUCGGGGAGGGAGGGAGUGGGUACUACUAAGCUAUAUGGAAUUGUUUUAAGAAUGUCAUACCAAGUAUCAUUUUGCUAAUUCAUUUAGAAUUUUAAGCCCCCUAGAAGGAUACUUUAAAACAAUUUUUUAAAACAUUUAUUGAUCAACAUUUUUAUUUGUCCUUGCUUUGAUUAGCCCUUAAAAAACGCAUUGAAUAACAGAUUCACUACAUGGAACAAACAUCAGUCCCCCCCCAAAAAAAGUUUGUUCUGAAGUGUCUAUCCUAUAUCUGAGAGUUAUAAGAAAGAUCAGGAAAAAUGUUUGGGACAUGUAUUUAACCCUUUAUUUUUGUCACUAAACAGUCUCCAUAUAUACUUCCAUUAACUUUUUUGAUUGGUCCCGGGGACCUUCAGACAAGUCUUGUGAGGCCUGUGGGAGUCCUAGAGCAAAACAACCAACAUGUUCGUGAAAGUCUCACCUUUACACAGAGGGGUCAUAUUAGUUUUUAGCCCAAACUGUUCGGAUGCUACAGACAGAAGUUGUCAGAUCGGCUGUACCGACUCAGACGAGUCCCAGGAAGCAAAACGGAGAACACCAUUGUGGGUCAUAAUAGGUUUUAGGCCAAACCGUUCGGACGCUACAGACGAUUUUGUGAGAAGAUGUGGUAUGACAAAACACUGCUCUAGCUCUUUCACUGCAGUUGCGGAAGUUCUAGACGGAUGCGGUGGAUUGGCACGGAUCCAAUGCAAAAAAACAUCUCUACCUUAAAUUUAGGGAUUUUUAUGGGGAUAUCUUUUAUGUUAAUUAGAUUUCUGCGGGGUGCAGACAUCGACAUUAGGGGGUUAAAGACUUUACGUUGAUGCUGUUAAUUGUGUUUAAAUUAUAGGAGCUUGACAAGCAGUUGAUGGGGACUCAACAUUGACUCUACAAUAAAAGCUUUCAGACUAAUAAUAAUAAUAAUCUGUCUGUCCUUUCUCCCCCAGCACCCAACAGAUGUGGACUAUAGAGUAAUGGCCACCUUCACAGAGAUGUACACCACCCUCUUUGGCUUCAUCAACUUCCGCCUCUACCAGACCCUUAACCUGGUCUACCCGCCCAAGGUACCCCAGCACCUGGCCUGAACCUGGGUUGUGUUCAUUAGGCACCAAGGAAAGAAAACAGACUGAAACAGGGAGUGGCUACCUUAACCUGUCCAAUAACAAAUGCUUGUUUUUGUUUCCUGUUGCAAAACCUUUUGCUACAGUGUGCACUAAUAAAUAUGAUCCCAGAUAACCAUUUCAGCCAUUGCACAUCAUAAGCGGUGCUUUUUAAUUUAAAUAAUCAUGUUCCUUCUGUUGAUGAACAUGUCUUGUCUUGUAGUGUACAGAGAUCAUUGGCCUGCUAAUUGUUGUGUGUCUGAGCUGUUGCUAACUCCAAUCCUCCCUCCAGCUGGACAGCAAAGCUGAGUCAGAGCUAAAGGCAGAGCACGAAGAGGAUUAUGCCAUGGACUCUGAGAGCUACUUGGAGGUGGGCCUUUCAUCACUGUUAUGAUAUUAAUAAAUGAGUCAACGUUAUAUUAGCUUGAUGAUUCCUGUAUAUGUACGACAGGACAGCCAGCCCUCUCUUCAUUGUUGUGGGCUACCUGCCCUACCUUGAUGGUCCUCUGGCAGUAGAGAUGUGUAGUUUGUAAGCGGUGUGUGGAACACUGAACAGGUGCGUUUCAUGCUCUCCACAGAAACUGUCUGCCCUGAGUGCCAGUCUGGCGCGUGUGGUUGCCACUGCAGAGGAGGAGGAGAACCAGCUCGACCAGUUCCCUGCCGACGGGGUAAGGAGACACACUGAAUAAACUAGCUACAGUGGGGGGAAAAAUAUUUAGUCAGCCACCAAUUGUGCAAGUUCUCCCACUUAAAAAGAUGAGAGAGGCCUGUAAUUUUCAUCAUAGGUACACAUCAACUAUGACAGACAAAAUGAGAAAAAAAAAUCCAGAAAAUCACACUGUAGGAUUUUUUUAUGAAUUUAUUUGCAAAUUAUGGUGGAAAAUAAGUAUUUGGUCAAUAACAAAAGUUUCUCAAUACUUUGUUAUAUACCCUUUGUUGGCAAUGACACAGGUCAAACGUUUUCUGUAAGUCUUCACAAGGUUUUCACACACUGUUGCUGGUAUUUUGGCCCAUUCCUCCAUGCAGAUCUCCUCUAGAGCCGUGAUGUUUUGGGGCUGUCGCUGGGCAACAUGGACUUUCAACUCCCUCCAAAGAUUUUCUAUGGGGUUGAGAUCUGGAGACUGGCUAGGCCACUCCAGGACCUUGAAAUGCUUCUUACGAAGCCACUCCUUCGUUGCCCGGGCAGUGUGUUUGGGAUCAUUGUCAUGCUGAAAGACCCAGCCACGUUUCAUCUUCAAUGCCCUUGCUGAUGGAAGGAGGUUUUCACUCAAAAUCUCACGAUACAUGGCCCCAUUCAUUCUUUCCUUUACACGGAUCAGUCGUCCUGGUCCCUUUGUAGAAAAACAGCCCCAAAGCAUGAUGUUUCCACCCCCAUGCUUCACAGUAGGUAUGGUGUUCUUUGGAUGCAACUCAGCAUUCUUUGUCCUCCAAACACAACGAGUUGAGUUUUUACCAAAAAGUUAUAUUUUGGUUUCACCUGACCAUAUGACAUUCUCCCAAUCCUCUUCUGGAUCAUCCAAAUGCACUCUAGCAAACUUCAGACGGGCCUGGACAUGUACUGGCUUAAGCAGGGGGACAUGUCUUGCACUGCAGGAUUUGAGUCCCUGGCGGCGUAGUGUUUUACUGAUGGUAGGCUUUGUUACUUUGGUCCCAGCUCUCUGCAGGUCAUUCACUAGGUCCCCCUGUGUGGUUCUGGGAUUUUUGCUCACCGUUCUUGUGAUCAUUUUGACCCCAAGGGGUGAGAUCUUGCGUGGAGCCCCAGAUCGAGGGAGAUUAUCAGUGGUCUUGUAUGUCUUCCAUUUCCUAAUAAUUGCUCACACAGUUGAUUUCUUCAAACCAAGCUGCUUACCUAUUGCAGAUUCAGUCUUCCCAGCCUGGUGCAGGUCUACAAUUUUGUUUCUGGUGUCCUUUGACAGCUCUUUGGUCUUGGCCAUAGUGGAGUUUGGAGUGUGACUGUUUGAGGUUGUGGACAGGUGUAUUUUAUACUGAUAACAAUUUCAAAGAGGUGCCAUUAAUACAGGUAACGAGUGGAGGACAGAGGAGCCUCUUAAAGAAGAAGUUACAGGUCUGUGAGAGCCAGAAAUGUUGCUUGUUUGUAGGUGACCAAAUACUUAUUUUCCACCAUAAUUUGCAAAUAAAUUCAUUAAAAAUCCUACAAUGUGAUUUUCUGGAAAAAAAAUUCUCAUUUUGUCUGUCAUAGUUGACGUGUACCUAUGAUGAAAAUUACAGGCCUCUCUCAUCUUUUUAAGUGGGAGAACUUGCACAAUUGGUGGCUGACUAAAUACUUUUUUCCCCCACUGUACCAGGUGGUCAGGGGUGUGUUCGAACCAAUGCCGCCCACAUUCACCUUUCAUUGUUUCCAUUUAGAAAUCACUUUCUUUCCCAAAUCUUCAGGACGUGGGUGGAGGAACUAUUUGUAAUGUCCACUCAUCUUAAAUGAAUAGUUCUGAUACAAAAGUCAUCCCCGAUAUUUGAUGUUGAUGUCCUUAUAAAUCAAUGUUAGGUCAACAGAGAAGGGGUCAUUCUUUCCAAUGUAUUGUGUACUAGGCAUUUAAAUGAUUGCUAAAGAGCUACAUGAAAAAGAAAGGAAAAGUUCCACCAAAGCAUUCACCUUAUUAUGGUGCAUUUCCAAUGAGGAUUUAGCCUGGUGUUUCUCUGUUUCCAUCUACGCGGACUGGCACCCGUGUCUCUCUGGGCCAUGGCUCCUGCGGACCUGCUCUAACCUGGAGCCAAGACAAGGCCCUGGGUACUUUUCAGUUUCAUUUACAUAACAAUGGCUACCUGUGAACCAGGGUUUCCGUUCGAAAUGUGGCGCCGAACAUUUGACCUGCAACAUUUUAAUUUACCGGACAUUUGAGAAAUCUGCCGGACCAAUAUGCAUUGGGUGCGAAACCUGAUUAGGGCGUCCACCCACGGUGCUCAGAAUGACAAUCACAUUUACAUUAUGGUAAUUCAUAUUAACAGAACAUGCAAGUUGAGGAUGUAACGAUGUGCGGUCCUUCUUACCAAAUUCUGAUGUGCACUUUGAAGAUGUUAAAAUAACUGUCCACAUUUAAUUUUCCUCAGCCAACAAGACGAGUAAUGAACAGCAAAAUCACUAGCCUAUGUCAAUCGACUAUCCCCUAUAGUAGAAAAGUUUACCUAUUCUAUUGGUCAGCUUGUCGAGAAAUAAAUAGCCUAUUCUAAACACUCUGGGACAGUUGUGGGAAAAUAGCAGAGUUGUGGACUCGAGGCACAUGACUUGGACUCAAGUCUGACUCGAGUCACAAAUAAAAUAACUUGAGACUUGACUCGGGACUCUACUUUGACUUGAGACUGAUGACUUGAAAUUAUCUGGCCAGGUUUUGUCACUCAUUUUGUGGCACAGAGUCUACAUGGAUUACGCUACACGCAGCCAGAGACAGUAGCCGGAGCAUCGCCUUAAAAAAAAAAAAAACUGCAACAGAUUGGCUAGUGAAAUGCGCACUCUGAUUGGACCAGCAAACUGUCAAUCAACACUGGUUGGGUGAGCUAGCGAACAGAUUGAUUUGCUCUACAGCUAUAGGAUCGGCGGGUGCAGACGUCAAAUUGUAGGGAGAGGAGGAUUGCCAUGAUAAAUAAGCAGCUCCAAAAAAUGUUGAUCAAGAAUAUUAACGGUUUACUUUGCAAGCUCAACAGCAAUGGGGCAACAAUUACUAGCAUAGGCCUACUGUUCUUUUGGUAUGUAACAAUUGCUUGACAUUGAUAAUUUACAUAUGAAGCUUUCAUUUGGAAUUUGUUGUUAAAAUGAAUUAUUACUGUGGCGCGGCUCUUCACUUACACUCUCCAAACUUCCGCCAGUGGAGAGUGCUUUUUCUUUUCUCUUGUUGAAAUGUUUGCUGUUGCUUUCACAUGUUUAAAUGCAUAGGCCCUAUCUGGUAAAUCUAUAUUCCAUCUAAUACUACAAUAAUUGCUAGCGUUUCAUCAUUCCAUCCCUGUACUGUUUAUUGCAACAUGUUUGAUAGACCUACGAUACAUUUUCAGUUUAUAGGCAACUAUUUCUUACCCUGCUCUGAGUGGGUGUGAUGUUUACAGCAGUGGAGCUAUAGGAGGACGGGCUCAUUGUAAUGGCUGGAAUGGAAUAAACUGGGGAGCACACCUCUAUGGUUUAGAGGGAUGAGGUGUUUGUAAACAACAUGAAGAAACCAAUCCCACUCCCCAGGAGGACCUGGAGAACAUGGAGGCCAGAGAGAAGGAACAGAAAGAGCAGGAAGCCCAGAAGAGGCUUUUCGAGGGGCUCAAAUUCUUCCUGAACAGGGAAGUUCCCAGAGAGUCACUGGCUUUUAUCCUGAGGUGAGAACCAGCCCACUACCACACACACCCAAUGUUGUAUAUAAACCCUGGAUUGCUGAUGCUAUGUAUUGGCCAUCGAGAGGCUUUGAAACCUCCUCCCCAGUAGGAGCAGUCCUCCAUAGGAAUGAAUGGAAUUCUACAGUAUUCCAAUUACAUUUAUUUUUUGUUGUUGUAGUGGUACAGUAACAUUAGUAAUCUCAAAAGUAUGCUUUAAGGAAAAAGUUUUUAUAUUAAUGUUUAGCUCGCGUAAUAUAAUGUAAAAGUAUGCAUUAAGAUGUCUAAUAGAAUAAAUGUCGCAAACGAAUGUAGACAUUAAUAAAUGCAUUUCUAUAGCAUAAAAUAAAUUGCUUACAAUGGUGGGGGAGUGCCAAGAUGGAGGCAAGGUGGCUUCAACACAGCGCCCCCUAUCUGUCCUCUAGUGUGUGUAUCUAGAAAUCAUUGCACACACCCCAGCCAGUCUGGGCUGCUCGAUCAUGUUAUGGCACCUUGCUUUGAGUAAAAGUAAGCUGAAGGUUUUAGGGACUGGUUCCAUGCCACACGCACCUCAAAGAAGAGCUUUGAUGCAGAGUGAAGUGAACCAUUGUUUAUUUUUAUUGAUCUCCAUCCCUCUCUGUCUGACAGGUGUUUUGGUGCCGAGGUGUCAUGGGACAAGUCCCUCUGCAUCGGUGGUACCUACGACAUGACUGACGAGACCAUUACCCAUCAGAUUGUGGACAGGCCCGACAUAGACAAGCAGUACAUCAACAGGUGAACAGGGCCCGACGGAUCUACCAGUUUAUUUGCAGUCAUUACAGCUGUUGCAAAUGUCUUGCAAUUCAUAAAAGAUCUUGACAUGAAUGAUAUAUAUUUUUUUUAACGGGAUACAACCCAGACCCGGCACCAGAACGAUCAGUUGGAUGGGCAUUUCAUUUCCAAUAAGGGGGUCGUCUUUUUUCAAGAGACCUCCUAUAUUGGCACUCGCUUGCGCGUUUACAUAUAUUUUUUAUGGACGUAAUAGUGAAGACCAUAGGCAGCUUGUGAGUUUCAAGUUUGGGAAGCUGACAAUUUAUCCUACCAUUUCUACCGAGCUGCAUGCCAGUUAUGAUUAAUUUUAUGUGUAUUUUCGUGGAACAGUUUUAUUUCAAUAAUAACGUUUCUCAAAAUCAUUGCCACGUGGUUAAUCAUAGAAAUCUGAAGUAAAAUGAUAAACAUCUAAAAGUUCAAAUUCAACUAUGGCGAGAGCACUAGCCUCUGCCAUAUGGACAUUGAUCCACUUUGAUCCACUGGUGACUAAAGAAAUGAGAGCAUAGAACUCAGAGCUGCAGCAGUAGGCCUAUAACUUCCAAGUAAAAUACAUAGUCCUAAAGCCGACAAAUACAAACAGUAGAAAAUAUGUUGAUAAAUUCUCUAUUCUGCCUGUCUGCCUCCCUUUCUAUCUGUCUUGACUUGAGCUAUUGCUAGUGAAGUGCAACAUUGUAUCAAAUCAUCACUUGGUCCAGCCCAUUGCUAGCAAAAGUGCAAAAUUAUAUCAACUAGCAUUGGGCUUAUACUGGACAGAUUUUGGCGAGAGUGAGCCCUCUCGCUUCGCCUCUUCCUCUCUGCUGAAACUAUAUCACCGGAGAAAGCACCCGAGCGAGCGAAACAGUGCCCCUCUAUAUGUAGCCCAUGUAUCUGAUGCUGUCUGGCCAGAAAUAGUAUGACAUGCCAUACUCCUUUGGUCCAAAACAGCAUCAGACACAUGGUCUACACAUACUGAGACAGAGGGGCGCUGUUUCGCUGGCUCGGAUGCUUUAACUGAGAUUUAUGCUUCUUUCUGUCGCGUCUCGGUCAAAUACAUGAUCAAUAUUUCAAUAUUUUAUUUGGACGGGCAAGGAGGUACGGUAGGGCAGGCCAUAACGCCGGCCCUGAUACAACCCCACCCUUCUCUUUCAAAUCACCAAAUUUCUAUUCAGCCAAGCUAUUUUCCAAGGCUACUUACAGACCGAAGGGACCAGAGGCUUUCUGUUUGCUUUCCCGGCUGCUAACGCUCACUCUGGUGGGGGGGGGGGGUUCUCCUCCUUCAGUCCCCCCACAGAGAUGGGCUCAGCUCAUCCCCACAAUGCCCCCUUUCAGAGGGCUCUUCCUGCUCUGGUCGCUCAAAGCCCCCUGUUAUCGGGGUGGGUGGGGGCGGGCGGCAGAGUCACGCGUGACAGACCAUGUCCUCUUCCUUUAUGCCUCUUCAUAGAGCUUAGCUGUACACAGGGUACAUAAUGCCUCUAUUAUGGGCCUGCUAACUCCUGCCCACAUUCAUUUGGAUGUUGUGUUUACAUUCGACUGUUGUGAUCAAUGCAUACGACACAUCCACAACUUGCUAAUGUGUAAAUGGUCUCAAAUCUUUAUGGAAUGUUGAAAUGCUACUUUCAAUGGUGGGUUGACUUAACUGACUGUGCAUAAAUAUCCCAAUGGAUCCAACCUGGCACAAUGGAAUAGUCCCAAAGGUGCAAACCCCACCCAUCUGGUACUCCAGACAAGUAUUUGAAAGAAGACAACUAUUAUUUGAACCCAGUUUGAUAUGUAUCUGUGUAGAAACCUUGUCCGUAAAGGAGACAGGCUGGUGUGUCUGAUGGUCGUGUUCUGUUCCAGGUACUACAUCCAGCCCCAGUGGGUGUUUGACUCGGUCAACGCCAAGAUGCGCCUGCCCGUGGAGGACUACUUCCUGGGGGUGACGCUGCCGCCCCACCUGUCGCCCUUCGUGGAGGAGAAGGACGGCGACUACGUGCCCCCGGAGAAGCUGAAGCUCAUGGCCCUGCAGCGCGGCGAGAAGCUUGGUAAGAGCUGAGCAUCUCCAUGGCUUCACAUGUUUCUGUUGGGCCUGCAUGAUGAAUAUUCACAUGUUUCUGUUGGGCCUGCAUGAUGAAUAUUCACAUGUUUCUGUUGGGCCUGCAUGAUGAAUAUUCACAUGUUUCUGUUGGGCCUGCAUGAUGAAUAUUCACAUGUUUCUGUUGGGCCUGCAUGAUGAAUAUUCACAUGUUUCUGUUGGGCCUGCAUGAUGAAUAUUCACAUGUUUCUGUUGGACUUGCAUGAUGAAUAUUCACAUGUUUCUGUUGGGCCUGCAUGAUGAAUAUUCACAUGUUUCUGUUGGGCCUGCAUGAUGAAUAUUCACAUGUUUCUGUUGGGCCUGCAUGAUGAAUAUUCACAUGUUUCUGUUGGGCCUGCAUGAUGAAUAUUCACAUGUUUCUGUUGGGCCUGCAUGAUGAAUAUUCACAUGUUUCUGUUGGGCCUGCAUGAUGAAUAUUCACAUGUUUCUGUUGGGCCUGCAUGAUGAAUAUUCACAUGUUUCUGUUGGGCCUGCAUGAUGUAUUUUGUGUAUAACUAAAAUAUUCAACCAUUUUUUAAAAUGUUAAUCUCAGUACAAGAGGAGGAGGAGGAGGAAGAUGAUGAUGAGGAGGAGGAGGAAGAGGACAAUGAUGAGGUGGACGAUGACGAGUUGACUGAGGAGAAGAAUCUGAAGAAGAUGGAGGAUCAGCGAUCCCAUGGCAAGGUGAGAGAAUUGUAGCAGUCUCUACACGUUUGACCAUCUGAAUGGCCUAUUUCAUCCAACAUAAAACAACACUGUUAUCAUAAGGCAUUGGCGUAGUGCACAAUGGGAAUAGGGUGGCAUUUUGGACACACUAAGAUGUAUCUCUCCUGUCCCAGCAGACUCUGGCAGUGAAGGUGACCCCUGGCAAGGUGAGACCCUGGGAAACUGGUUCCGUGGGGAACAAGGUGCGCCUGGAGCAGGAGGAGAAGGCGGAGGAGAAGCGUCUGGCCAUCAUGAUGAUGAAGAAGAAGGAGAAGUACCUGUACGACAAGAUCAUGUUUGGCAAGAAGAGGACGACCCGAGAGGUGAGGCCCCUCCACUCCACACCUGCCUAACUGGCAUGGCACCUCACAAGCCUCCCUCACUGCGUUCCAUCUCCAGUCUGUACGUGGGUGUAGAUGACUAGAUAGACACGCCAUGUAGCGGUCAGACCCAUCAGUACUGAGCCAGUCUCACAGCCAGCCAUAUUAAUAUACAUGGAGCUAGCAGUGGAGGACAGCUCAUAAUAAUGGCUGGAAUGGAGUCAAUGGAAUGGUAUGAAACACGUCAAACGUGGUUUCCAUGUGGUUGAUUCCAUUCCAUUGACUCCAUUCCAGCCAUUAUUAUGAGCCGUCCUCCCCUCAGCAGCCUCCACUGGGAGGUAGAGAAUCCGACCCGAUUGGGCAUUUUGGGUAAACUGGCAGUGUACUUUCCAGCAGGCUGCUCUCUCUGUGCCUAGUACCUACCUAUUGAGCUGUAGGAAUUAUGUUUAACAGGGUUUGAAUAGCCGUGCCCUGGAAAGCUUGCACACUUAUUUUAUUUUAAGCAAAUCAAAAUUUUUAUGUAAAUGUCAUGUUAUCGAAGAGUCCAGACACUUAAAAAAAAAAAUAUUAGCGAUUUCGCCUGGUUUUGAGAAACUUACCCCACCCGCAAUAGACUUCCUCUUUGCUCAUUCUUCAGUAUUGGGGCUACGGAAAAACAUGAACAAAGGCUCCAAAAACGUCAUUUUAGAAACGGCAAAGCUCUCAGUAUAAUGAUGCAGUUCUUUAGAUGUUGUACACACAACAUUUUAUCCGCAACAUUAUAUUCCAUUUGUGCGACUCGAGCGGUUUCCCCUAGCAGCUGUGCUGCUUCUCUGUGUAGCCUGCGCAGCGCAGCACAGCUUACCGAUCGAGUCGCAUAUUUAUCAUACAAAAGAGCCCAAACUCCCAAGUGACUAUUCAAAUGUUUACUCAACGAAGAUGUAACAACUGAAUACACACGUUCAAUACAGUGCAGUGUCUACUUAUACCCUUAGCUCUCACCCCCUCCCUUCCACAAAUAUGUACUUUUCCAUCACCCAGGAUUUCUCUGUGCAUAUCACAGGACUUCUUAUCAGUAAGGAGAGGCCUUGCCUCCCGAGUGGCGCAGUGGUCUAAGGCACUGCAUUGCAGUGCUAGCUGUGCCACGGCUCUGUCGCAGCCGGCCGCGACCGGGAGACCCAUGGGGUGGCGCACAAUUGGCCCAGCGUCGUCCAGGUUAGGGGAGGGUUUGGCCGGCAGGGAUGUUCUUGUCCCAUCGCGCACUAGCGACUCCUGUGGCGGGCCAGGCGCAGCACGUCGCCAGGUUUACGGUGUUUCCUCCGAUACAUUGGUGCGGCUGGCUUCCGGGUUAAGCGGGCAUUGUGUCAAGAAGCAGUGCGUCUAGGUUGGUUUUUGUUUCGGAGGACGCAUGGCUCUCGACCUUCGCCUCUCCUGUGUCCGUAGGGGAGUUGCAGCGAUGGGACAAGACUGUAACUACCAAUUGGAUACCACAAAAUUGGGGAGAAAAACGGGUAAAAACAAAAAUUACAAAUAAAAAGUAAGGAGAGGCCUUGAGUUAUUGGGAGUACACAUUACUACAGUCCAUAAGUCUUCUGAUACAGAGUUUGAACCUAACAGCAAUGUUCCCUCUAAGCUGCGUGCGCAGCUCCUCUCGGACUGCCGUGCAGAAGAAAUAUCAGCCCGUGCAGAGCACGAGAUUGAACUUCACUCAACUUUCUAGAAUUGAUAGUUCACACUAUCAACGUUUCUCUCUACUGUGGGAAUUUUGCUUGAAUCAAUGCGAUAUUAGCCACUUUCAAUGUAACCAUACUGAAACAAAAUGAACUAUGCAAAACUAACUGUGCGAGAGAUUUUCUUGUAGGUACCAAUCAGAGCGGCAUUAGGCCCAUAUGCAAAUUGCCAUAUAUGGAUCUGUGCCAUUCACUUUGAACUGGACUGUGUUUAAAGCAUGAGCGGUCUCAAGAGCUACAUUAGCCACAUGUGCACAAUUGUUCAUAUCCUUUGCUAGUUAGUGAGUUAUUAGCUCAGUUAUUGAUAAUUUGUAGUCAGCAAUGGGGGAGUGAUUGCUUCCUACAAGAGCACAAAACGUGUGCAUUUCUAGCCCUUUGAAAAGUGAGUCAAAUAAAUAGCUAUUUUUUUGUCUUAAAGGGGUAGUGUUGUAUUUUGAGACAGGCUUGAAUACGCUAAGUAGGCAGAAGGUAGCAUAAUUCUUCUGAUUCUCUGUAGUAAUGGUAUGGGAAUAAUGAUGCAUUUUAUUUGGUAAAGUUGUUUCUUGCAUCAAACACAACAACAACAUUCAGUCACCUCCUCGUCUGAAGGACAAGUGGAUAAGCUGGUUAAUGUCAAGCCCUGCAUGCUUUUUUCAAAAGUCUCAUAGACUGUAGGCCUACAUUGAACACCACACAUUGCUACUGUAGGCUGAAUGAUAGAACUGCUAUUUCCAUGUUAAAAUGUUAUGGGAUGCAUUUUCUCAAUUUUUUUAUUUUUAUGGUAAGCCAACAUUAUGAUCAAAUAGCCACAGUAGCCUACUUGACCACUGUUAAAACUGUAACUUAAAGCGGGUACAGCCUCAGUGUCAACAGUAAACGUGCGCCAGAAGUCGCACAGAAUUUUCAAUGUUCAAGUUUGCGCUCGGCAGACCUGAAAUUUGCUCAGUGCCUAAAAAUUCUUUGGGGAACAUUGCCUAACAGUACUUUUUAUCUCUAAGGAUAUAAAAACAAUCUAUUCAUAAUAAAAAUAUAUAAUGAUAUAAAAUGGUAAAGGUAAUAUAAAACAGUAAUUUACAAUCUAUCAAAUCCUUUAAAGGGCAUGUGACCUUGGUUGCACACCCAUGAAUUCUAGAGUCACUCCACUGUUCAUUAACUCAAUCGGAUUUCCCUUCGCAGGCAAACAAACUGGCUGCCAAGAGAAAGGCCCACGAAGACGCCAGCAAGGCAGAGAAGAAGCAGAAAAAGGCCAAGAAACUGUAGCCACCUAACAGUGGAUAUUCAUCAAGGACUGCUUUUGAUUUGUAUGGUUGUCAAUCAUCAAUCUCAUGAAACUCAUGGGUUUAUUAUGAAAAAAUAGUAUGAAUUGGUCCCAUGGAGAUUGAGAUCAGUGUUAGUAUCAUUUGUCACGAAUGUUGGCAGGUAGAAAUGCUGGAGGAGUCACAUUGUUGCAAAAUAUUAUCCACCCUGCCUCGUCAACCAUUGUGAGGUGAAUUUCUGCUUUGUUCUUAUUUGUGUGAACUCUGAUAUUCUGGUCUACUCUAUACAAGAAAGAUUUUUCCACUGAUUCACCCCAUUUAAAUAUAUUGAAUAUGUAAUUAAAUGGGGUUCUGUGUACUUAAGUAGAAGAACUUGUCAAUUUACUGUUAAUGACUCUAAUAACAUGAACGACAA